GGGCGCUGGGAGGGGCGAGGACGCGCAGGACGAGGACGGGCGCGGGGACAGAAGAGUUCGCGACACCGUGGCGCGAGCGGUGCAGCGGGGGGUGGGCGGGCGAGGAGGCGCGAGACGCAAGACGCGAGGCGGAGAGAGAGCGCGCCGAAGUUCUGCUCGGUCGGUCCUGCCUGUGUGUGUGCUGGGAGCGCGCGCACACAUACACGCGGAGGGACUCGCGGCCAGCGCGGCGCGCGGACCUUCAACUCACAGAGCAACCCCCCCCCCCCUCAGCGCACCCGGACCCGGUGCCACGUCGGAAGCUCGACCACGGCACGAGGAGUUUCGGCGGCGAUCCUCGGAACUCACUCACUCACUACCCCCCCGACCCCCCCGAACCCCCACCUCCACCCCCAUCCCGGACGGGCCGGCGGAGAACUUUUGAGCUGAAAGCACAGAGGAGAUCGAUCGGUCGAUCCGACGGACCCGGGCCCGGCGGCGGAUGCUCUCCUCGCGUGACCCCCUCGUCGGCUGGCGGUUCGGCGCGAUGCGGCGGCAGUGAAGCCUCGGCGAUGGCGUCGGCCGUGUUCGAGGGCACCUCCCUGGUCAACAUGUUCGUGAAGGACUGCUGGGUGAACGGCGUGCGGCGCCUCAUCGUGAGCCGGCGCGGCAGGGAGGAGGACUUCUUCGAGAUCCGGACCGAGUGGUCGGACCGCACCAUCCUCUACCUGCACCGGAGCUCGUCGGACCUGGGCAGGCUCUUCAAGCGGCUCGCCGACUCCUUCCCGGAGGACCGGGGGGAGCUGUCCAGGUCGCCGCUCAUAGACGGGCUUGUGAAGAUUAAAGAGGCCAGUGAUAUUGAGACCAGGUUGAACGAGGUGGAGCGGCUACUGAAGAAUGUUAUCAACAUGCCCUGGAAGUAUUCCAGGUCCGAGGUGGUGCUGACUUUCUUCGAGCGAUCUCCGCUGGACCAGGUGUUGAAGAACGACAACGUCCAUAAGAUCCAGCCGUGCUUCCAGAGCCCAGUGAAAAUAUCCGAGAUCAUGCGAUCCAAUGGGUUCUGCUUGGCCAACACAGAGACCAUCGUGUUUGACGAGAAUCUACCCCAAGACAAGGAGAGACCCCCAUCCACAGACUCCGCCGAGCACCCGUUCGAGAACAGCGAGGAGUUCUUGACGGCGGAGCCGGAUAACAGUGAUGACGACCCAGAGGCCUAUGUCACCAAUCUGUCCUACUACCACCUGGUGCCCUUUGAGACGGACAUUCUCGAGUGAUGGCAUCCUGGGGAUCUCCCUACACUUCCCCUCAUACCUUGACCUGGCUGUGCGCUCAUUAUACUCCCAACGCCAGUGGGAAUGUCCUCUCCAGGAUGUGUGACCCUUCUGGGCACGCUGCUGUGCAGGUUCAGCAAACCUUUAGCCGGGACGUUACCUUCACACUAGGAAGGAGGUUCGAGACCAUGGUUCGGGGGGUGGAAGAUGACUAGCUCGACCUGUCUGGAUCCCAUUGAGAAGAUCUGAGAAGAUUCUUUUCUCGUUGUUUCGAAGCUCCUUCUCUUGCCCCUGGGGUCUCGCUGCUGCCGGAGUUGCCUUCACACUUGACGCAGUUUGUCGGAUCUGUGCCUUCACCAGAUCUCCAGUUAGGAACAUCGCUGACGCUUAACCUCCGUGGAUGAUGCCGUUUCCUGUAAGCUGUUCGCUGCUCAUCCGAGGAUAACUGUUCUACCCGGUCUUUACCCGGCACCACGCUACUCCGACCAUCUAGAAAGACGUAGUACUCCUGGCCGUUUUACAUGAGCGUGAUCUCACCCCAGAGCAGGUCUGUAGGUAGACCAGGCUGUCCUUUCUUAAAAACAGCAACCCCCAAACAGAAACCCUCUGCAGAGCCUCAGAUGAGCUCAUCUGCCAUUGGGAGACAGGUUCUGGCACCCGGACUCAGUGGAGCCCUCAUCUGGGACAAGGCCGUAACACAAUAGGCCAACCAUCCCCGGCACUUCCCUUAACUUUCCUGUUGGCUGGAGCUUCCGUUCUCAGAACCAGGGUGAGAAAUCGUCAUCUGCGAUGUUUCCUGCUCAGCGGAAACAGUUCCCGGCUCCAAAGGCUUUUCCUUGUAUCCAAAAGACAGGCAAGGAGGACAUUUCUGAUGUGGGCGUUUUGCGGAAGUUUCCAGAAGGCAGCACUUUAAGCAGCUUUCGUGCGUUACAGUGGGAUCCUCGUUAAGGGAAAAGUACCGAGCACCGUUCGCUGAGAAAAUUUGUUCGAUGGUCACAACCGGCUUCUUGCUGCCCACGCUGGAACUGCUCAGAAACCACUUGCCGUUACAUCUGAAAGAACCAUGCGGCUGUGCGGGGACGUGUUGCGUGCGCUCUUUCCAUUAAUGGAUGAGUUGCACCUAUUUGUAUUCACUCCAUUUAUCAAAAGCGGAGACGUUAUUUUACAUGACAGAUAGCACAUUCGAUUCAAUAGAAAUUAAAAUGUUAACAGAUUUUUUUUUUUAAACAAACCGGUCCAUACUAACAAGUGACACUAAAUAAUAGUGUUUGUGAAAUGUGAUUUAAGGCCUAGGUCAGGGUCGAGCAUUCGGAACCUGCCAGAAAUUCGAUGUCUGCUCAAUGCUUGGAGUCCCUCUGCCUGCGGUGCCUGCAUGAACUGCGCAGCUGGAGCUGCGCAAACGGCCUCGGCGGCGCCACCUGCUUUUAAAUUUCAGCAACUGUUCGAGCUGCACGGAGUCCGGUCCAUUCAUCUGAGCGGACCUCACGGACCAGCCUGUCACGCACGCGCCGUUGAUCCGUAAUUCCGCAGUUGGGUCUGUUCGUCCGUGUCAGACAGCCUUUGCCAGGAUGUGAGACUGCUCUUUCUUGUAGUCAAAUCUGCAGGUGAACUGAGCUGAAAUCACAUCUCAUGGUCUGUACACAUUAAUAUAACUUUUUUUUUUUGCAUAACAGAAUAAAAGAAACCAUUGUCUAUUUGAUGUUAGUAAUUUCGUAUAGUGCUCUGGUUCAUCAUUUUUGUGAAAUUCCAGGACGUUCAAGAGAACAAAUAGAGAUUCUGCCAUCAAAGCGCGCUCUGGGUCCAGUUGACUGGCUUCCAGUGGCGGCUCGAGCCUCUUCCUGGAAAUGCCGCUACUUGGGGCUCCGUUUGGCUCUACCGGAGGCCCUCGUGUCAUCUGCCCUUCUGCGUUUGUGGACCAGUCGCAGUCACACGCCAAAAGUCGCAGUGACUUUCCAGGGUCGGGAACUUUGCGUGUGACAAACUCAACACCAGUGCCCUGCGUCACCGCAGCGUAUUAUUAACCGAAGAGAAAGUGCUUUUAUAACUCAGUCUUAAUUUUAUUCAGUGUGAAGAACUGUAUUUAUUUUUUAGAAAGGAAGUAUUUUAACAUUAGAUUGUGUACCAGUUACAGUGCUGAAUGACCAUCCUUUGACAGCACAAACGGUGAAAAUAUUUUGUGGCCAACGGUGCGACAUCGAUAAACAUUUACGGGGCUUCAAUUUCCGCAACGUGGACACAUCAGAGCACUUUGUAAUCUUAGUUUUUGAAUGAGUGAUAUUUAAGGGGGGUAUUAUUUUUCAUAUUAAUA